CAACGACAGUAAUGAUUACUCCCAAAAAACCAUGACGCAACCUUCAGGACGAUCUACAUGUCUCAAGGGUGAUGUGUCCCUGCUGUGGGAUCAUGACCCUAGGAUAGGCAUUUAUCAAAGAAUUGUCUUACUUACUGUAUCUGAUUGCAAGAUGACAUGAUUAUCAAAAAGCCUCAAAACUUUACUGACGAUGGUGACAUAUUGAAAAUUUAUGACGAAAAGGAUGACACUAUUCCCAGCUCACCAACGACAGGGUCAAUCUCACCUCGUACGACCGUACAAAAACUUCGUCGUUAUAUCAAUAAAAUCGAUGCUCGAUGGAGAGUAUAAAGGAUAUUUUGGACGAAUAGAGCCCGGGUCUUGCAUGCCGUAUAAAAACGAUUAAUCAAGGAAGCCUCACUCUGGCUGAAGUAGGCGAUAUGCACCGUGACUUUGCAAGGAUUCACAACACCAAUGACUGCAAAAGUCAGCCAAAAACAAAGCGUCAGGUUAAGGCCGUUGGUUCGCUAUACGUACGAGAUGCGAAUCGCCUCAUAAAACACCGUCAUGAUGGAGAUUUAUUGAGAAUAGCAAAGACGCGCAUACUUGGUGAGUCGGAGCCGGAGCAAGAACCAGCU